GUUGGAGUGGGGGGUCUCUAUUCUCGCCUGGCAGGGACGGAGCUGGGUGGGCUGUCGAGGGAGACAAGGGAGUGACAGGCUUGGACCCUCCCCAGCCUUGUUCUCCCAGCCUGGGGACUGUGGGUGUUUCCAGGUGACCUCAGAUGGUGAUGCGAAACGUAAAGUCUAAAGGAAGGUGUUGCACAAAUGAGGUGGCCCCUGCCCUCCGCCCCUGCCCCCCCCCCCCCCGGGGAAAGGUGGACGGAUGUCCGCACAUUUGACCAGCUGGAAAAUGGUGUGUUUAUCAGGGACGACCUGUCUUCUGCAGGGCAUCUUAUGCUGUGAGCCUGGCCCCAGAUUUCGUACAGUGAAGUCCUAGCCCCCAGAGCCUCAGAACCUGAGCUAGUUUGGAUGUGAUUUGUACUGAGGUAGUAGGAUGGGCCUAAUCCGAUAGGACCGUGUCCUUGUAGGAGGGGACACUGGGACAGACACGCACACAGGGAGGCGGCAGAGGCAGAGGUGGGUGACGCUUCCACGAGCCAAGGACGCUGAGCCAGUCACCACAGAAGCUGACGGAGGCCAGGAUGCAGCCCCCGGUGGGGCCUUUGGAGGGAGUCCUGCCCGCACCUUGGCCUCGGUCGGGCUCUGGCCUCCAGUCGGGCGGCACUGAAGUUCUAUUGUUUUGUCUGCCCAGUCCGGUGGCCCCGGGAAACUUUGGGAGCAGCAAAGAACUGGGGAACGAGUCUGGGGAGAGCAGCGCGUGGGGCCCAACUCGAGAAAUGAUUCGGGUGCUUGGGACCGCGAAGGGGGUUCUCAUCACCUUGGGUCCCUCCCCCAAAGAUACCUUCCUGGGGGCUGAGCUGGUCACAGGGCCUUCUCCCUCUGGAGCUGGCUUGGGCUGGAGUUUGGGAGUUUGUGGAUGUCCAACUUCAGUCCUUACUGUUCUAGGGGUUUUGUUUGUGUAGGAUGUUGUUGCUUUGUUUUUUGUUGGUUUUUUUUUUGCGGUACACGGGCCUCUCACUGUUGUGGCCUCUCCCGUUGCGGAGCACAGGCUCCGGACGCGCAGGCUCAGCGGCCAUGGCUCCCGGGCCCAGCCGCUCCGCGGCAUGUGGGAUCCUCCCGGACCGGGGCACGAACCCGCGUCCCCUGCAUCGGCAGGCGGACUCCCAACCACUGCGCCACCAGGGAAGCCCUGUCGCUUUGUUUUUAAAGGAUGCUUCUUCAAGGGUGAGGGAUGAAGGUGCCCCUGGGUUACUUGGCCUAGAUGUUCUGAUUUUCUGUUUGGGUGAGAAAGUCACUUCGACUGUGGAUGGGUGUUCUCCUCCUUUCUGGAAUAUUUGUUUGCUCGGAGGGUUGGCUGCAGCGUGUAGGAUUCUGUUCAGAGCGCCACGUGCCCGACGACAGAGUCCGUAGAAGAGACCACCCCAGGAUCCCAGAUGAACAGCCGGCGGGAAGAUAUGGAAAUCGCGUCCCACUACCGGCAUCUGCUCCACGAGCUCAACGAGCAGAGGCAGCACGGCGUCCUGUGCGACGUGUGCGUGGUGGUCGAGGGCAAGGUCUUCAAGGCCCACAAGAACGUCCUGCUCGGCAGCAGCCGCUACUUUAAGACGCUCUACUGCCAGGUGCAGAAGGCGUCCGACCAGGCCACGGUCACGCACCUGGACAUCGUCACGGCCCAGGGCUUCAAGGCCAUCAUCGACUUCAUGUACUCCGCCCACCUGGCCCUCACCAGCAGGAACGUCAUCGAGGUGAUGUCCGCGGCCAGCUUCCUGCAGAUGACGGACAUCGUGCAGGCCUGCCAUGACUUCAUCAAAGCCGCGCUGGACAUCAGCAUCAAGCCGGACGCCUCGGACGAGCUCUCGGAGUUCGAGGUGGGCGCCCCACCCAGCAGCGGCGCGGACGCCCUCAUCUCCGCCGUCAUGGCCGGGAGGAGCAUCUCCCCGUGGCUGGCCCGCCGCACGAGCCCCGCCAACUCUUCUGGGGACUCGGCCAUCGCCAGCUGCCACGAGGGCGGGAGCAGCUGCGGGAAGGAGGACCAGGAGCCCAAGGCCGACGGCCCCGCGGACCUGUCCUCCCAGCCGCUGUGGCCUGGCGACGUGGGCUACGGGCCCCUGCACAUCAAGGAGGAGCGGCUCUCGCCGGCUCACUACGGGGGCAGCGAGCCGCCGUCCGCCGGGGAUGGGGCCGCUCAGAACUCCUUCUCAGAGCAGGCGGCAGGGGACGGCUGGCAGCCCACGGGCCGGAGGAAGAACCGCAAGAACAAAGACACGGUCCGGCACAUCACGCAGCAGGUGGAGGACGACAGCCGGGCCGGCUCCCCGCUGCCAUCUUUCCUCCCGACGUCCGGGUGGCCCUUCAGCAGCCGAGACUCAAACGCGGACUUGACCGUCGCUGAAGCCAGCAGCUCCGACAGCCGCGGGGAGAGGCCCGAGCUCUACGCGCAUGUGGACGAGGGGCUCCUGGGAGGAGAAGGCAGCUACCUGGGAGCCCCGCUCACCCCGGAGAAGGACGACGCGCUGCACCAGGCCACCGCGGUGGCCAACCUGCGGGCGGCGCUCAUGAGUAAGAACAGCUUGCUGGCCCUCAAGGCCGACGUGCUGGCGGACGACAGCUCCCUGCUGCUGGAGUACCUGCCCAAGGGCACCCACUCCCUGACCCUGAACGAGUUCACGGUCAUCAGGAAGAAGUUCCGCUGCCCCUACUGCAGCUUCUCGGCCAUGCACCAGUGCAUCCUCAAGAGACACAUGCGCUCCCACACGGGCGAGCGGCCCUACCCCUGCGAGAUCUGCGGGAAGAAGUUCACGCGGCGCGAGCACAUGAAGCGGCACACGCUGGUGCACAGCAAGGACAAGAAGUACGUGUGCAAGCUGUGUAGCCGCGUGUUCAUGUCGGCCGCCAGCGUGGGCAUCAAGCACGGCUCGCGGCGCCACGGCGUGUGUGCCGACUGCGCGGGUGGCGGCGGGGCCGGGCCCCUGGAUGGCGGCGGCGCCGAGGGCUCUCCUGAGCUGUUCGCGGGCGACGGGCCGUACCUGGAGGACCCCGAGGACCCACGCGGCGAGGGCGAAGAGGAGCUGGGCGAGGACGAGGACGACGUGGGCCUGGCCCCCGAGGACGCACUACUGGGGGACGACAGGGAGGUCGAGGACUCGCCGCGGGGGCCUCGCAGCCCUGCCGGGGGCACCGACAAGGACUUCACCUGGAUCUCCUAGGCUGGGCCGGGCACUGGGCCGCGGCCGCCCCCGCCUGCGUGCGCCCCGGGCCCCCUUCACCUGCUCUCCCCCACCCCUCGAGGACACCCGGGGCUCAGAGGCGGGCGCUGCCCCAGAGAGUGGGGCUGGGGACGCGCGUGGGGCGGGUCUGAGCCCAGGGAGAGCCCUUGGCCGAGUCCCCCCGCCUCCGCUCCCCCUUCUCAGCAGUGGGGUCACUGCUGGCGGCUGCCACUGCCCCCGCCCUCGAGGGCUGUGCCAUCCGGUGGCAGCCUGCGAGAUCCAGGUCUGGCGUCCAGAAAGCCCCGCGGCCCCCCCCGCCUCUGGGCUUUGGUGCUCAACACACAGCAGCAGCCGACCUCGGCCCGGGUGCCCAGGUGCUACCCACCCCCGAGGCAGCUGGGCAGGGGGCCCAGGUGCUACCCCCCCCCCCCCAGGCAGCUGGGCAGGGGCCCAGGUGCUCCCACCGUAGGGGCCUCCUCUUUCUUUGUGUGCACUUCUCUGGGUCGGCUCGCCCCUCCGCCCCUCCUGUCCUGCCGCGCCCAGGCCACUCCUGCUGACCGCUCCGGGCGGCUUGCCUUCGUUGCUGCUCACGCCGCCUGCGGGGGCCGCCCCUCCCCAGGUGCUCGGGCCCCAGUUCCGUGAGCAGCUAAGGAAACUGAGGCUGGCACGUGACAUGGUUCUGUUUGGCGUUAUCUUUCCCGCUCGACCACACUCGCAGACGUGUCUUUCCUUUGGUUUCUUCCCAAGCCCCCUCGCCGUCUUUUAAACACGCUUACGACCCCUUCUCUAUCUUUUUUCUGAGAAGCCGGGGUCCCGCCGUGUGCUGUGAGGACACUGUGGGCCCAACCCCGGCCCGUCUCCCUUUCAGGCUCAUGACACGUACAUUCCAUCCCCUCCACCCGCCUCGCUUGGGAGCCGCUGCGGGACACCGUGCCAGGGCCCCUUGGGUGCUGAGCUGGAGCCGAAGGAGACGCUGGCUUGAUUUUCUCUCUCCCCACAGCCUGCAAGCCGAGUGGCUUUACUGCAUUUCUCCCGGGUCCCAUCUACUCUUUCUAGGUGGAGAAAGGCAAAUCCCACAGAACCCUCCUUAGUAAGUGGCUGGCUGCGUGGACACGGACGGGUGCUGUCCUUGAAGCCCUGCCCGGGGAGGAGUCGCAGCUUCAUUUUCUGUUUUGCCUUGUUUUAAACAUAGCCACCUUUCUCUCAGUCAGAAGAGGGCUGUCCUCCCAUCCUCAGCUGGGGACGCUGCGAACUCCUCAACGCAGGCAUACUUAGGGAAGGGCCGGGCCGGGCCGGGGGCAGGAGCCCAGGGCAGGUUGGGGUGCCUCCGGGGCCGGUGCCCCGGUCUGCCUUUCACAGUG